CUUCCUCUAGACAAAAAUUGUGGGAAUGUUUCCUAUUCGCUCCAGGGCAGAUUUGCAUAUAGAGGGUGGAAUACACGGCUCUGACACAGAUAGGAGCCGGGGUCAGGUUUAACUGUUCAACUUGACUGUAAAUGGCACCUGUGCUGUAUGUUUUAACUUGUUUUCAUUGCUUGAAGUCAGGAGAAUUUAGUAAUUGACUUGUUUUUGCAUUAUUCCUUCACAGACACAUUGCAGAAUGGACUCUUUCACAGAUUCCUGUCGUCACAGAAGUAUUCCGGUGGAGACAGAUGAGUCAAUGACAUCAUCAACGCUGAACCUAGCAUUGCCCUUGGACUGUGGGCAGUGCUCAGAACACAGAAAGAGGCCAAAGGAAGAGGCCUGGUUUUCCCCUGAGGUGACCGUCAAUGACGUAGGCCAGGUGGAAUACCCCAAGGACUCCUGGAGAACCUCUACGGAAGACCCUCUGGGUAACCUUCGACCCCAGUUCAGAACCCCCUCCCUGCAUCAGAAAGACUUGUUCCCACACACCCCUGACCCUGUCGACCUCAGGUUACACUCCUACAGAGAGAGGGCUCAGUGGACUGAGGAUUUCUCUUUCUCUGGGAUUCACCGGCGGGGAGCGGAGGGCUUCCCUGGUCCUCCCAGCUGGCCUCUACCUCAGGACUGUAACCUUGAAGGAGCAGAACACUUGGAGUCCCCUCUUUCUCUCAGGUCUGACUUAAAUGACAUCCACUGUGUCCCUCCGAGAUACCCACCACACACGCCUCCUCGAUGCCCUGAUCAAGUGCACGGCAGGUGUCCGAGACUGUACACAUGUCAGAAACCCGUAAAUCAAACCUGUCCCCUCUAUAAUCGUCACCAUUAUAACCAUCUUCACCCUACGGAACCUCAGCGGGAGCUUCAGCAAGACCCGCCAUCCUGGACUCACACGGCUCAAAACAGACUAUAUGGACAAGGAGCUCUAAAAGACCCCAGCCGGAAUCUUCCUCAGCGUGUGGCCCUCCCAGAGAGGUGAUGUCAGGUCAGUGUGGUGCCCUCUUACCCAGUGACCCCCGGCCAACCAGGUGGGGGAGGAACAGCUACACAGGAACAGAGGAAGACCAUCAGUUUACCUGAGGAGUGCAGGAAUGUUUUUAUUACGUAUUCUGUGGACACAGCCAGUGAGAUGUUUACCUUCGUGAAGUUUCUGAUAGAUCAGGGCUUUAAACCAGCUAUUGACAUUUUUGAUAAUGCAGUCAGAAGAAUGGACAUCAACAAGUGGAUGGACACCUAUUUAAAGGAUAAGUCAGUGCUGAUCAUCGUGGCCAUCAGUCCUAAGUACAAGGCAGACGUGGAGGGAUACGGGGAGGAUGAGCAUGGUCUCCACACCAAGUACAUUCACACUCAGAUCCAGAAUGAGUUCAUCCAGCAGCACUGCCUUAAUUUCCGACUGGUGCCCGUAUUAUUUCCCACUGCUACCAAGAGACAUGUCCCCGCUUGGCUCCAGAGUACCAGGAUCUACCGCUGGCCCCAGGAUACCCAAGACUUGGUUCUCCGUUUGCUAAGAGAGGAACGCUACAUCGCCCCCUCUCUGGGGAAAGAGAUGACCCUCUCUAUUCGGCCCCUCUGAGAACUGCUAAACUGCUAUAGACACGUUGUUUCUCUGGUACGUAAUUGACUUGGAUGUUUAUAUGGCAAAUGAUUAUAGCCUUUUUUUUGUGCGCAACUGAAAUUGUGUGUGGGCGGAGGCGUGUAAUUUAGCACAAUUCUCAAAUAACCACAAGGUGGCAGUAUUUACUUUUUCACGUUUCAAGUCCUAAAAAUGUGCUUGCUUGACAUGUUAGGAGUUAAUAGUUACGCCUGACAUUGUAUGGUGACUGUGUUCCUAAUAUUAUGUGAUCGGAAUAUAUAUUUUAAUGGAAAGUAAUAAUGGCCUGUUGACUGUGAGGUUGUUGAAUUUACAUGCCACACUUUUUAAAAUAUCGUAGCCUAUACUACGUAGUUACUACUGUAUUACCCAGAAUAGCACUAAACAAUGAGCAAUGUAAAGGUCUCACACUUCUUUGGGUUAUAGCAGAUAAAUAGAACAGGAUGUAAAGGUGCUUUUAGGGGCCCCUAUUCAUCCAUGAUUUAAGAUCCACAGAGGGGCCACAGGAAGAAUCUGUCACUAAAACAUCAAUCUUCUGCAACAGAGGGAGGGGCUGGGGUUCACACCUAACCUGCUCUUUUCACUUGUAUUUUAUCUGUGGUGGUUACAUCAUCCUUUGAUUAGCCAAACAAAACUAUUUUCUGUCAAUAAUGGCAAUCAUACUCCACUGUAAAUAACAAUAAAGUAUUAAAAUGGUU